AUGGCGGCGGAGCUGGAGCCGCUCGCGAGCUGGGCGCCGGGCGCGGCCGCGCCGCCCUUCCAGUACAGCCCAGAGAACGUGGCCGGAGCGGACGGAGCCCUCGACCCCACGGAAAUCGCCUUCCCCGGGUGUUCCUGCCUUUCCUGCGCCCAUCCCGCGUGCUCCUGCCUGCGCCAUGGGGACAACUACCGCGGCCUGUGCCUGGGGCCCACGGAGGACGAGCGGGGCUUUGCCAGGCCUGUGUUCGAGUGCAGCGCCCUGUGCCGCUGCGGACACUCCUGCCCCAACAGGCUCGUCCAGCGGGGGCUGCAGUUCAGGCUCCAGGUUUUCCAGACCGCAAGGAAAGGCUGGGGUCUGCGCACCCUGGAAUUCAUAGCCAAGGGGAGAUUCGUGUGCGAAUACGCGGGGGAAGUUUUGGGUGUUAACGAGGCACGAAGGAGAAUUCAGGCCCAGGCACCCGAGGACUCAAACUACAUUAUAGCAGUGAGGGAGCAUCUCCACAGUGGCCAGAUACUGGAGACGUUCAUUGACCCAACGUACAUCGGGAACGUCGGGAGGUUCCUGAAUCACUCCUGCGAACCCAACCUAUUUAUGGUGCCAGUCCGAGUUGACUCAAUGGUGCCUAGACUGGCACUUUUUGCAGCCACUGAUAUUUCUCCUGGAGAAGAACUUUCCUAUGAUUAUUCGGGAAGAUUCCACAAUAUGCCAGUAACCAACAGAGUGCCAGAAACUUCAGAGGAGGGUAACAUGCCAAAAAAGCCCUGCUACUGUGGAGCCCGCACAUGCACCUCCUUCUUGCCUUGCGACAGCUCCCUCUUUUCCACACCUGACACUUGUCCAGAGAGCUCUUCAUAGCUUUUCCAUCCCUGAGCAGGCACUAACAAGCGCAGAUCUCCUUACCAUUUAAACAGCAGUUAACAAGGACUCUGCUUGCUGUAGAUGCAUGCAAGAGCUAUACUAAGGAUACAUUUUCUCAACGAAGAGUUAUUCCACUCAGCUCUUAAACACAACCCAGAUAAUCAUCUAGUGAGGAUAUCGGUUUUGAAAAUUAACAUGUACAUUCUAGUUUUACACACUUACCUGCUAGAUUUCUUUCCUUUUGCAUCCAUUGAAGUACAAAAGCAGAAAAUUCAACCUUUAUGCCACAGAAGGGUGACAGCUGAAUAUUGAAGUUGAAAUGUGUGCAAGGUGGGAACCCCAAACCUACCACAGCUGCACAGUAGUACUUUAAGCCAUCCUGCUAAACAGUAAGAGAGGAACAUUGGUUGGCAGAAGCAGUGUAAUCUAGCAGUAUCAGGGACAUGCUUGUGGUUUUGAAUAAAAGCAAAUAAAAGCCUUGGAGUUUGAGAAGGUCUUCAUGCAGUGUCCUAACAACUCUGUUUAAAGGUGGUUUUCAAGAAUUUCAAGAUGGAAGCUCUGUUUUUAAGGUGUUUUCAAGUUUCAAGGGGGCACAACAGGUUCAAGCUGUUCCAAAGCAGAAUCAGUUUCUAACCCAUGCUUGGUGCUGUUACCUUGUUUUCUUCUGUCAACUUAUACUGCAUCUUUGAAAAAAGAACUUCCAACAAAGAAAGGACAUAUAAAGUCAAUGAGAAAAAUAAUUGAAAGUUACAGGGAAGAGCUUGAGACAAUGAAAUACUGGCAUUUGCAAGAAAGGUAUUAGGAUUCUUAAAUUCUAUUAAAUGAAAUUAUAUUUUAAAAUGAAUUGCUAUAAUCUUUUGUGCACCACAACACAAAUAACUAAUGCUUAGUGAUGUCAGAUUAACGUAAGUGCUUUUCACCCUCUUCCAUCUCUAGGCACAACUAUCUGCUUACCAACAUUUGGUUUCAUUACCAUUUAGCUCCUGUGUAAACUGCGCAGUACCAUGGGCUGUUAAACAGUCAUCUCACCUUUUUAAAACACAUCUAUUUCAGGACUCAUCUAAUAACAUUUUCUGCGGUAAUAGCAAGCAGCACUUCCACGGUAAUUUCCAGCACUGUAAUUGUCAGGAAACAAAUUUGGACUCUAAUCUGAACGAGUAAGAUACUGCCUGUCUGACUUAUGAAAUCAUCGAGUACUAAAAGAUGAAGUACAUUUGAACAACAAAAUUCUGUUCCUGCACUGUUGAGCAGCUGGUAGAUACAAGAGUUCCUUUCAGCUCAUAAUUUGUUUUCUUUAUUUCUAAAGCCAAACAGUGUUAAGCAGGAGGCUCUGCUUUGCCAGAAGCCUGAGAAGGUUAUUGUUACAUCUUCAUUGUUCUUGUACAGAUCCGACACGUCCACUUCACCUAACGCAGUAAGUCUAAGUCCCCUUACACCAGGAGGCAGAAGAGAUGCUGUAUUCAAAAUACAAGCUAACAAUCUCUUGGGAAGAAUUAACCACUGUUCUUUUAUAUUGCCUAAAAGCUAUAGUUUCAAGAUAAAUACCUAAGAUAGCUUGCCUGAUUAAGAAGUCCUGAAAUUACAAGUUACAUAACUUCCUUUCUAAAAAUACCAAAUUAAAGAAACUUCAAACAGGCUUGUUUAAAUUUUUCAUGAACAAGACACAGAUAAAUGGCAAUGGCUGCUUUUUUACAAUAUUGUCACAUGCAGUUCCAUCAGUGGCAAGAGUCCUUGAUUUAGCCACUUUGUACGAUUUAAUCUUUAACUGCAGACAUACUAUUUAACAUAUACACACAAGCUACCACAUCUGGAGAGCCAAAAUAAAUCAUCUGCUCUAUAAACAAGCAAGCAACAUUUUUUUUUUUGAAAGAAAAUUCAUUUGAAACACAAAGAUUAACUUGAUCCUGCUAAGAGCUAUGGGAAAUGUGGCUGCUUUUAUUUUGCUAAACUGCCUUUCCCUAUACUUCCUUGAUAGGCUUGGACAUCGUCUGUCCCUCCUUUAAUAAAUAUAUUUUUAUUUCUGAUAUGAAGAAUUGCUACUGAGACAUGUGCUAUGCUGUAGUUUAAGUUAAAGCUUGCUACAGGGUCCUGCUCUAGUUGAAUCAUUACCUGUCCCCUCUAUAGGCACAGAAAGCUUCCAAAGGGCUCCAGCUGUUUGUUAAAAGUACUGGUUACAAGAGCAGCAGCCAGUAACUUUACUCUUUGCCUGACUGAACCUGGCUGUUACUACAGAAGUUCUCCUGCCUCUUAGAAUGUAGGCUCUAUCAGGUUCCAGAAUAUAAAUUUCAAGAUCUGUUAUCCUAUUUAGAGGUUUAUCUGGUUUUCUCCGCCAGUGGGGCUCUGUGCCAGUCACUUUCAGCCUGCACAUUUGGGAGUGGACGAUUUAAUUUCUUCUCCCCUCUUAUAAAUUAUUUUAAAACUAGUUUUACAGCACUUGUAUUCCUAUUCCUCAAGAUUAGAUAGGUUUUACAAGAUUACAGCAGUAUUCUUUUAAUCUUCCUGUUAUGAAUGUGAUCUGGGCCUGAGUAGUUGAGAAAGUACCGAUUGCAAACAAUAUGAAAACAUAAGAGAACAUCUCCCAAAUGCCAUUAGCCAUAUCUAGUCCUCGCAUCACCAGCCUUAAACCUGAGAACGGAACUGAGCCCUGUGUCUCUGCAAUUCCAGCCUUUCAGGCACAGCUCUUUCCUAGGAAGUGAGCUGAAUAUCAAUUACAUGGUAAGGAAAAAGAAAAAAGAUUAUAUAAAGUAACAAAAAGACUUUUGUACUGUUAAAAGCAGCCAGCCAUAUUACAGGCUUUGCUAGAACAUGAAAUGAAAUAUUGUCAUUGAAUUCUUAAUCUUCAAAGCAAUCUACAAUGGCAGUUUUCCACAUGCUGUAUACAUUGCAUAACAGUCACCUUGCUUGUUCUUAGCACUACAGCUGCUUGGGGCAUGGAGCAGAAAUCCUAUCAGAGAAGAAAAAGAAAAAAGGAAAUAGGCUCUUGUUCAUAUUUGCUCACCUUUUCCUCUCAGAUCUGCACAGACUCAGUCUACUGCUACACUGCUGAUCACUUCAACGUGCUCUUUCUCAAUAAAAACAUCUCGAAGGACAGAUACAGCAUUUUUUGUUAUUGCUGUAGAAAUUUAUUUCAACCAUUUGCCAUUUAAGAAAUGGUCUGAUAGUCCUCCCUUACAGAGAGUAUUUGGACUUGUUAAGAUC